UUGCCACCUUCACAUUUCACAAGCUGUUGAUUGAUGCUAAUCUGGGCGCCAGGAGUCGGGCUAUAAAGAGCAGCGGCGAGCGCUGAGGCCCAGUCGUAACGCCAUGGAUCCCUGCCCCUUCGUCCGUGUCCUCGUCGGGAAUCUCGCCCUCAAAGGCCCCGUCGCCGCCCGCCCCGCUGGCGGAUCUGGCGUCCACCCCUCCGCCCACCCCUGCUUCGCCACCGUCCGCCUCGACAAGCACCCCUCCCGCCACACCGCCGCCGUGCCGCUCCUCCCCCCGGACGACGCCGACGCGCCCCCGCCUCCCGCCGCCGCCUCCCUCGCUGCUGGAUUCCACCUCUCCAAGGCCGACCUCGACCGCAUCGCCGGGGGAUCCUUCUUCUCCCCUGCAUCGGCCUCCGGUGCCGGGACGGCGAAGCUUAAGGUCGCGAUCUACUCGGGCGGCAGGGGGACCACGUGCUUGUUGAGGUCCAGGAGGCUCCUGGGCAGAGUCUCGCUGCCGUUGGAUCUCAGAGAGACCGCGGAAGGGAGGGCGGUGGUGUUCCACAGCGGGUGGGUUGCACUCGGGAAGGGAGCGUCGGCGGCGGCCAAGGCGCAGCUUUACCUGACGGUGAAGGCGGAGGUGGACCCCCGGUUCGUGUUUGAGUUCGACGGGGAGCCGGAGCGCAACCCGCAGGUGUUCCAAGUCCAAGGCAACAGGAGGCAGCCCGUCUACACCUGCAGCUUUGGCUGCCGCCACCACUCCGGCGACUGGAACUGGGGAUCGAGGUCUGCGCAAUCUGAACCGAGCAGUUCGCGGAGGUGGCGUUCGUCCAUGGGAUCGGAGCGGGAGCGCCUGGGGAAAGAGCGCAAGGGGUGGUCCGUCACCGUCCACGACCUUUCCGGCUCCCCCGUGGCUCUGGCCUCCAUGGUCACCCCCUUCGUCGCUUCUCCCGGCACCGACCGCGUCAGCCGCUCCAACCCCGGCGCCUGGCUCAUCCUCCGCCCCGGCGACGGCACCUGGCAGCCCUGGGGCCGCCUCGAGGCUUGGCGCGAGCGGGGGGGCGGCCCCGCCGGCGACGGCCUCGGCUACCGCUUCGAGCUCCUCCCUGACACCGCCGCUGGCCCCGGCGUCACCCUCGCCGAGUCCACCAUCAGCGCCUCCAAGGGCGGCAAGUUCGCCAUCGAUCUCACCGGCGCAGGCGGCAACCCCCUGGCGCGGACGCCCUCCUCGUCGGGGCGCAGCGGCGAAUUGGUUCGCAGGCCGUCGCCGUGCCGGGGCUACCGCGGGUUCGUCAUGUCGUCCACGGUGGCCAGCGAGGGGACGGGCGGCCCCCCCGCGGUGGAGGUCGGGGUGCAGCACGUCGGGUGCGCCGAGGACGCGGCGGCCUUCGUCGCGCUCGCCGCGGCCGUGGAUCUCAGCAUGAACGCCUGCCGUCUCUUCUCCCACAAGCUCCGCAGGGGGCUGUCAUCAUCUGCCACCCUGCGGUGAUGAACAUUCUCCUCCGCCACUUUCUUAUUUUCCUUCCUCCCACUGUACAGGUGAAAUGUGAUUGUUCGAUGGAUUUUUUGUGUGUGUGUGUCCGAAUGACUAAUUCGGAGCAUUAAUUCUUUCUAUGAUUUUUCUAAGAGCGAGUGAUCAGUAGCAGAAAGGUUGUCUUCAUUUGUAGCAUUUGCUUGUUUGAGGAAUCGUAGCAGGAACAUUUUUGACA